UUGGGGCUGAACUUGGUAGGGAGAACCCGUGUUCGAUCCCCCACAACAACAAUUGGGAGAACCCGUGUUCGAUCCCCCGCAGCACUAAGUUAUUACGAAGUAUUACAUGGAAUAAAAUAGUACGGAUUACAAUAUAGAAUAAAAGAAAAAGGGAAUUACCAUGGUGUUAAUGACCUUUUUUUUAGGGAAAGAUGGUAUUAAUGACUGAUCAUGAGGAUAAGGGAAUGUCUUUUUGAAAACAGACUGAAAAUAAGAAGCAUAUUUAUACUUAAUUUUUACUUUAAAAGCAUUAUACAAUUACAAGUAGUUGAUGUCUUGACCUAGUGGUUAAAACUGAGGUUAUGUACACUAGCAGGUCUCAUGUUCGAACCCUUAUUAUAUUAAUUUAUAUUGCCCUUGUAGUUUAUUCACACAGAAAAAAUAUACAUAGUUGGACUGCGUACUAAACACUCUUGAUCCACAUAACUAAUUAAAUCUUAAGUAAAUGCGCAACGGUAAAUAGAAACAAUCAUAAACUACUCUAUAUUACAUUCUUUUUCCCCUUAAAAUGUGUCAGCCAAAUUGUUGCGUGACUAUACUGAUACACAACCAUGCCGAAAUACAGGUGACAUUAACAAACGAAAAUGAGUACAUAACAGGAGUGACUGGUGCCAUUACUACCGCUACUGGUCGUCGUCCAGAAAUGAUGAACUGGAUAUCAUUUCAAACCAACUUACAGAACUAUGGACCGUUUGGUAAUAACACGAUAGACACUAACAAAAUGAAACCAUUUAGUUGCAAGUUUGGGCCACAAAACCAAUUUGGUGGAUUUCAUGGUAGUUUCAAUGCUACUGGUCUUGUCUCCAUUGGAGUUUAUCUCAAGCUUUCUCAACCUGCAGGGAAUUGUAGCUCGAACAACUUCCGGGGAAUACAAGAAUGGAAUUUGAAGAGAGUAGAUCCAACAGAUUAGCAGAUGUAUAUAUUAUAUUGGCCAGAUUAAAAACCAUGGAAUUCGAACUACUUGUGUAUUUGGACCUGGUCCUCGAUCUCCCGGAAUAAUUGGUGGAAAAUUUAAAACUUGCUAUAUGAUAAACCUUAAGAAAGAAUAAUAUUCCAUGGUUUGUGAAAAUUCUUCCCAUUUUCCU